UAAUGAAGGUAGUUAUUGGAAAGUAAUAAAUCAGUUGGCAUCCGACCGCAGUGUUUUAUUGACGCAUCUUACACUGGCGACGAGGCGGGUUAUUUUUUUUUACGCGUGCGUGAUAAUUAGUAAAGUGCUAACAUGCCUUUCGGUAAAAUCGAACCGUUUGAUUUGUUUUCCGGACAAUGGACGACAUAUGUACGACGUGUAGAACAAUUUAUUUUUCUAAAUGACAUAAAGGAGACGCAUCGGGUCGCCACGUUGGUGACCUUGGUAGGCGACCGGACAUAUAAUUUGAUGUGUGACUUGUGUGCACCAGAUAGACCGGAGGAUAAAACGUUCGAACAGUUAGUGCAUAUUGUAAAAAGCCACGUAGAACCGCAACGUUCGGUGUACGCCGAAAGGGAGAUGUUUCGACAACGGCGACAAAAGGCAGAAGAAAGCAUCGGCGAUUUUUUGCAACAAUUAAAACAUUUGGCUUCGUCAUGCAAUUUUGCACAAAAUUUAGAAGAAAACUUAUGUGAGCAAUUUGUCACGGGCUUGAGGAGCACGGAAAUUAAAUCACGAUUGCUAUUUGAUGCGAAAUUAACCUACAAACGGGCGGUGGAGCUAGCUCUAAAUUUGGAAGCCACGGAGAAGCACGUGGAGCGGGUGAGCGGCCGCGUCAGCGUGAGCGGUGCUGCGCGCUCCGGGGACCUCGGCGACAGCGUGGCGGCGGCGGCGACAGCGGCGGCGGCGGUCAGCGCGGUCGUAAGCGACGGCUUUUCACAGGCGGGCGGCGAGCCGCUGCAUGCGCUGCGCGGCGGGCCGGCCGCGGCGGCGCGACCGUCUGCGGCACAGCAGCCGUGUUGGAGAUGUGGUAAACCACAUCGUGCAGAUAAGUGUCGUUUUAAGCAUUACACUUGUGGCCAAUGUAAUUUAAAAGGGCAUUUAAAAAUAAUGUGCAAGGCGUCUAAUAGUAGAUCGGCGGGAACGCGACACAAUUUUGUGGAGGAGGAUUCCGACUGUGAAAUGUACAAUAUUCGUGCGGUUUCUAGCGGAGAUAAGCCUUAUUUUGUAGACGUUAAGAUAGGUGAUGUAAUGUUAAAAUGUGAGCUCGACACUGGAAGUAAAAUUUCGGCAAUUAAUGAAAAUUGUUACAAGCAUUUGUUUUCUAACUAUAAGAUUGUUAAGGAUUCGAUUAAAUUAUGUUCGUAUUCUGGGUCGCGUAUAGAACCGAUUGGAUAUAUUGUAGUAAACGCUUCGAUUGAUAAUAAUUUUCAAGAUAAUUUACAAAUGUAUGUAAUCAAGAAUGGCAGUCGUCCUUUGUUAGGUAGAAAUUGGAUUCAAAGAUUUAAUAUAAAGGAACUGUAUGUUAAUAACAUGUCAUUUGAUGUUAAAGAGCAGCGCAAUCGUUUCAUCGAAGACUUAAAAAAUAAUUAUCCUAACGUCUUUACGGAUAAGUUAGGUGAAUGUAAAAAACAAUUUCGUUUGCAAUUGACUGAUAACAAACCGGUUUACUUACGCGCUCGGCCGGUACCGCUCGCAUUGCGCGCCGCGGUGGAGAGAGAAAUAAAUCGUUUAGAAAAAGAGGGAUCGAUUUAUCAAGUUGAACAUUCCGAUUAUGGUACACCUAUAGUACCUAUUAUUAAACCUUCCGGGGAGAUCCGCAUAUGCGGCGAUUACAAAUCUACAAUAAAUCCGAAAUUAAAAAUUGAUCAAUAUCCGCUUCCUCGGAUAGAGGAAUUGUUUGCGGCCCUCAGCGGCGGACAGGAGUUUUCAAAAAUAGAUCUGACAACCGCGUAUAUGCAAGUUCCUCUCCACCCCGACUCGCAGGCUUGCACGGCCAUCACCACACAUGUUGGUACUUAUGUAUUUAAGCGUACUCCCUAUGGCUUAAAUUGUAUUCCACAAAUGUUUCAAAAAAUUAUGGAGGAGACACUUAGGGGCUUACCGAAUACUGUAGUAUUCCUAGAUGAUAUUUGUGUUACUGGGAAAGAUAGGGAGACGCAUAAGAAAAAUCUGAGUGCGGUAAUAGAAAGAUUGGCAAACAUGGGCCUUACUGUUAAGUUGAAUAAAUGUAAUUUUUUGCAAAAGAGUGUAUCUUACUUAGGUUUUAUUAUUGAUAAACACGGUUUACAUCCGGACAUGGCCAAGGUGGACGCCAUCGUGAAGGCUCCGGAACCGACGAACGUGACUCAAUUAAAGGCAUUUUUAGGGUUAGUUAAUUAUUAUGGCAAAUUCGUUCCUAAUUUAAGUACAUUACUCCAUCCGUUGUAUGCUCUGUUAAAGAAAAAUCAGUCAUGGUGUUGGAAUACAAAUUGUGAAAUCGCCUUCAGGAAAAUAAAAAAUAUUUUAGCUAGCGACCAAGUGUUGUGUCACUACGAGGCGACGCUCCCACUCGUGUUGUCCGUGGACAGCAGCGCAUACGGUGUAGGCGCGGUACUCGCGCACACCUUUCCCGACGGCUCUGAGCGUCCCAUUAGCUGCGCCUCCAGGACGCUCUCCGACGCCGAAAAGAACUAUAGUCAAUUAGAUAAAGAGGCACUCGCUAUUAUGUACGGAGUGCAAAAACAUCAUCAAUAUUUAUUUGGCAGGAACACUGCGGCGAGUCGGCUACAACGUUGGGCCGCGAAAUUAGCCGCGUACGAUUUUAAUAUUGAUUUUGUAAAAUCAAAGUGUAACGGCAACGCUGACGCGUUGUCGCGCUUGCCGCUAGAGGGAGACGGCAGCGAUGGCGCAUCGAGUGCGCCGGAUAAACAUUAUUUAAUGUACGUCGAUGAAACUUUACCGGUUAAUUUUAAAGAAAUAGCAUUAGCAACAACUAAAGAUAAUUUGUUAAGUAGGAUUUUUGGAUAUAUUAUGUUCGGAUGGCCGGAAAAAUGUGCAGAUGAUGAAAUGGCUUUUUAUGUUAGGCGUUCAGAUUUAUAUAUUGAUCAUGGUUGUAUUUUGUAUAAAUAUCGUCUGGUGAUUCCGCAAAUAUUACAGAAACGCGUGUUGUUAGAAAUUCACGACGGACAUUUAGGCAUUGUAAAAAUGAAGUCCAUCGCUAGGAAUUAUGUCUAUUGGCCGGCACUCGAUAAAGACAUCGAAUUGAUCGGGAACAAGUGCGAGGCGUGUCGCAGCGUACGCGACGCCCCCCCGCGCGCCACACUUCAUCCCUGGGAGUUUCCCGCAGCGCCCUGGCAGCGACUGCACGCUGACUUUGCUCAGUUGCACGGCAAGUAUUAUAUCAUCGUAGUGGAUGCUCAUAGUAAGUGGCUCGAGGCGGAGGAGAUACGUAGUACAUCGGCCUAUCACACCAUAAAGUUUUUGAGAAGUUUAUUUGCGAGGUUCGGCCUACCGGAUAAGCUCGUAACGGAUAACGGACCUCCGUUUCAAAGUGCGGAAUUUAGAGAAUUUUGUGAUAGAAACAUGAUACGCCACAUAACCUCUUCACCCUAUAGACCGCAAGGUAACGGCGCAGCCGAAAAUUGUGUAAAAAUAGUAAAAAAAACUAUUAAGAAAGCCGUUAUAGAAGGUAGGGACAUACACACUAGUUUAUAUCGGUUCCUAAUGCAGUAUAGAAAUUGUGAGCAUGCAACGACAGGCGUGGCGCCCGCAGUGGCGCUCCUCGGACAUCGCUUGCGGAACAGACUGGACGCGAUGCGCCCGAGCACCGCAAAAAUAGUCGAGGAAGUGCAGGAUAAACAAAUACGCAACUCCUCGGGACUAGCUAGGAACUUUAAUGUAGGGGAUAAAAUAUUAUCGAGAAAUUAUUCAACGAAUAGUCAGAAGUGGGUCGAAGGGAAAAUUUUACAACAAACCGGUCCGGUGUCUUAUAAAAUUAUAAAUAAUGAUGGGGGGGUGCACCGACGACACACGGACCAGAUUUUACCUCUCGGCAACAAUAGGUUUUCAUGGGACAUAGUAAACGAAUCGGAUAAUUAUAGCAACAUUGAUGAGUACGUCAACACGAGACCGCGGAAUAAAAAUAACGAUUGUGAAGGUGUUACUUUAGAUAUUGAUUACGAUGCGUACACGGAGGCACAGCCGCAGCCCGACAAUUACACGGACACUGCGUCUGUGCCGGCCACUGAGACGGCGGAGCCGGUGGAGGCUCAGGGUAGCACCUUGGUGGUUCCCGGAAGUUCCAACCAGGUGAGCACGUUAUCCGGAGAAUUGAAUGAGAGGACUAAAAGAGCACUUCGUCGCGAAUGGCGAAGGAAACAGAUGGAGUAA